AUGCUAACCCAAAAACUACUUUUAUCCCUUGCAACAGCUGUUGUUGCUGUUUCAGGGUUCUCCUUUCAACAACCUUUUGCUUUCGAUAACGAAAACAGUAUUUUAAACAAUGUUGUCAACUCCCUAGGAUUAUCAGGUGCACCAGCAGACUUAUCUAAGGACGUCCUGGAUGCAUGGAAGGAUAUCCCAAAAAGAUUCCCCAAUUUAAUUGCUGAUAUUCAAUUUACUACUAAACCUAAAUUCGAUAUCGUUCCUAAAUUUAACUGGGAUUUUGUUCAAACUGAUGCAAAAUUCUCAAACUAUCAAUUACGUGUGAAUAAGAUUAAGGACGCAAAAAAAUUAGGUAUCGACCCAGACGUGAAACAAUACACUGGUUAUCUAGAUGUAGAAGACGAAGAUAAGCAUUUCUUCUACUGGUUCUUCGAAUCUAGAAAUGACCCCGCAAAUGACCCUAUCAUUCUGUGGUUGAAUGGUGGACCUGGUUGUUCUUCGAUGACAGGUUUAUUCUUCGAAUUAGGCCCUUCUUCCAUUGGUCCAAAGAUUAAACCUAUCUAUAAUCCCUCUUCUUGGAACUCAAAUGCAUCUGUUAUCUUCUUAGAUCAACCUGUUAAUGUUGGGUUUUCUUAUUCCGGCGACUCCAAGGGUGUAUCCAACACUGUUGCUGCAGGUAAAGAUGUAUAUGCAUUUCUCGAAUUAUUCUUUAAACAAUUCCCUGAAUAUUCUACUCAGGACUUCCAUAUUGCAGGUGAAUCAUAUGCAGGUCAUUAUAUCCCAGUGUUUGCUUCUGAGAUUCUUGCACAUGAGGAAAGAAAUUUCAACUUGACCUCUGUUAUGAUUGGUAAUGGUUUAACUGAUCCUUUAACUCAAUAUAGUUACUACGAACCUAUGGCUUGUGGUAGAGGUGAUGCUCCUGCCGUUCUUCCAGAAGAACAAUGUGCCGCUAUGAACGAUACUUUGGAUCGUUGUUUGAAUCUAAUUGAAUCAUGUUAUGCAUCCGAAUCUGUUUGGACUUGUGUUCCAGCAUCUAUCUAUUGUAAUAAUGCUCAAUUAGCACCUUUCCAACGUACCGGUAAAAAUGUAUAUGAUGUUAGAAAAGAAUGUGAAGGUCAAUUAUGUUAUUCCGAUAUGGAAUAUAUCGAUUCUUAUUUGAAUGAAGAAUACGUCCAAGAAGCUAUUGGUGCCGAAGUUAGUCAUUUUGAAUCUUGUAAUUUUGAUAUUAAUAGAAAUUUCUUAUUCAAUGGUGACUGGAUGAAACCAUAUCAUAGAGCUGUUACUGACCUAUUGGACAAGGGUCUACCUGUCUUAAUUUAUGCUGGUGAUAAGGAUUUCAUUUGUAAUUGGUUAGGUAACAGAGCGUGGACUGAUGAACUACCAUGGGAACAUCAUGAAGAAUUUACAUCUCAAAAGAUCCGUGACUGGACUGCUUUCAUCACUGGUGAAAAAGCAGGUCAAGUAAAGAGUUUCGAUAAUCUGACUUAUCUAAGAAUUUACGAUGGUGGUCAUAUGGUCCCAUAUGACCAACCUGCUAACUCUCUAUCUAUGGUUAACGAAUGGAUUGCUGAAUUAAAACUUUAA